UGUUUUGUCGACACUGGUGGUUAAAAGCUUGUACACUUUGUUACAUUGUUCUAAAAUGAUUGCACGUAGUCGUCGUAAUUUAGCAAUUGUACGGCGAACGGUUCUUACCUAACGUGUGUUCAUUAAGUUAGCAUGUUAUGUUAGGCUAGCUAUACGUGCGUCGUACGUAAGACAAUGUCAACAUAGCUAACGUUACCUUAAUAACACUAUCAAAUAACUGCAAUUUAAGAUGAAAAUAGGUUCAUAACGCACUUUAAUAUAGAUUUAAUUGGCGUGUAGUCAACUUGUUGGGUGGGGUUGUGCAUUUUCUAACGUUACCUAGUUAGUAAGAUAUGGUAGUUCGCGGAGAUUAGAAAAAUAACUAGCUAACUAUUGAAAUGUUCAAUCACUGACAUUUUAAUCUUGUGACGCUAUCACCAAUGGCUGGCUAAAACUUUUAGCAACUCGAAUGCCUGCUGAGGGCAAGAGAUCAUUAAACAUGGAGGAGAAAGAGGUGAGCUCCUUUAGUAACAAGGAGAAAGACAGGGAUGGUGAUAGACGGCCCGCCUCCUCCCGGGAUAAAGUGAAGGAUGAGGCAAAGAUGAGUGGCAAGAAAGAUAUUGGUAAGGCCACAGAGGAAAAGAGGAGGAGACUUGAGGAGGACAAAAGAAAGAAGGAAGAAAAGGAGCGGAAACGGAAAGAGGAGGCGAAACAGAAGGCAGAGGAGGAGCAGAGGAAGAAGGAGGAAGAGGAGAAAAAGCAGCAGGAGGAGCAGGAGAGGAAAGUUCAGGAGGAAGAGGCCAAGAGACAGCGCGAAGAGGAGGCAGCUGAACUCAAGGAGAAGGAGGAGGGCCACCAGCUCCAUCAGGAGGCCUGGGAGCGCCACCAGUGCCGGAAGGAGCUGCGCGUCCGCAACCAGAACGCCCACGAGGGCCGUCCCGAGGAGACCUUCUUUAGCCGCCUUGACUCCAGCUUGAAGAAGAACACGGCCUUCGUCAAGAAGCUGCGCACACUCACCGAGCAGCAGCGCGAAGCCCUCUCCAAUGACUUCGGCUCGCUCAACCUCAGCAAGUACAUCGGCGAGGCAGUGGGCUCGGUGGUGGAGGCCAAGCUGAAGAUCUCUGACGUGGGCUGCGCCGUGCACCUGUGCUCCCUCUUCCACCAGCGCUACGCCGAAUUCGCCCCACUGCUCCUCCAGGCCUGGAAGAGGCACUUUGAGGCGCGCAAGGAGGAGAAGGCGCCCAACGUGAGCAAGCUGCGCACCGACCUGCGCUUCAUCGCAGAGCUCACCAUUGUGGGCCUGUUCACGGACAAGGAGGGCCUGUCGCUCAUCUACGAGCAGCUGAAGAGCAUAAUCGGGACGGACCGCGAGACACACACCCAUGUAUCGGUGGUCAUCAGCUUCUGUAAACACUGCGGGGAUGACAUCGCAGGCCUGGUGCCUCGCAAGGUGAAGGCUGCACGGGAGAAGUUUGGCCUGGCCUUCCCUCCCAGCGAGAUCAUCAACACGGAGAAGCAGCAUCCCUUCCAGAACCUUCUGAGGGAGUACUUCACCUCGCUCACCAAGCACCUGAAAAAGGACCACCGCGAGCUACAGAACAUCGAGAGGCAGAACAGGCGUAUCCUCCACUCCAAAGGGGAGCUGAGUGAGGACAGACACAAGCAGUAUGAGGAGUUUGCCACGUCCUACCAGAAGCUGCUGGCUAACACCCAGUCUCUGGCUGACUUUCUGGAUGAGAACAUGCCAGAUCUUCCACUGGACAAGACUGUGCAGGAAGAGCACGGCCCUGGCAUUGACAUCUUCACCCCUGGGAAGCCCGGAGAGUAUGACCUGGAGGGGGGCAUCUGGGAGGACGAGGACGCCAGGAACUUCUACGAGAACAUGGUGGACCUGAAGGCCUUCGUCCCUGCCAUCCUGUUCAAAGACAACGAGAAGGGCAAGGACAAAGAGGAGGCUGCUGCUAAAGAGGCUAAAGAUGCUGCGGCCACCACAGAGGAGUUGGAGCUGGAGCUCGAGGCUCUAGACAUUGCCGAUGACCCUCUGGAGCUGGAUGGGCCUGACGAGGCAGAGAACGAGGCAGAGCUCGCCAAAAAACUGUUGGACGAGCAAGGUAAAGAUGAAGGGAUCAAGUUAGGGUAUGAAAGAGGUCAGGGAAACAGAGCUAGGGCCCACUCAUGGGUGCUCAGGGCCAAUCAACUAAACAGAGAACAAGAGGAUGAGGAGGCAAGCACCGGGUCCCACCUGAAGCUCAUCGUGGACGCCUUCAUCCAGCAGCUUCCCAACUGUGUCAACAGAGACCUCAUAGACAAGGCUGCCAUGGAUUUCUGCAUGAACAUGAACACCAAGUCAAACAGGAGGAAGCUGGUCCGUGCUCUCUUCACCGUUCCCAGACAAAGGUUGGAUCUGCUGCCCUUUUACUCCCGUCUGGUGGCCACCCUUCACCCCUGCAUGUCAGAUGUGGCGGAUGACCUGUGCUCCAUACUCAAAGGAGACUUCAGGUUCCAUAUCCGGAAGAAGGACCAGAUCAACAUCGAAACGAAAAAUAAAACUGUAAGGUUUAUUGGGGAGCUGGCCAAGUUCAAGCUGUUCUCAAAAACGGACACUCUGCAUUGUCUGAAGAUGCUGCUGUCAGACUUCUCCCAUCACCACAUAGAGAUGGCCUGCACCCUUCUGGAGACCAGUGGACGCUUCCUCUUCAGAUCCCCCGACUCCCACCUGCGGACCAGCGUCCUCCUGGAGCAAAUGAUGCGUAAGAAACAGGCGCAGCACCUGGAUGCUCGCUACGUGACCAUGGUAGAGAAUGCCUACUACUACUGCAACCCCCCGCCCAUGGAGAAGACCGUCAGGAAGAAGAGGCCCCCGCUGCAGGAGUACAUCCGCAAACUGCUCUACAAGGACCUCUCCAAGGUCACCACGGAGAAGGUGUUGAGGCAGAUGCGUAAACUCCCCUGGCAGGACCCAGAGUCUAAAGGCUACCUGAUCUGUUGCAUGGUCAACAUCUGGAACGUCAAGUACAACAGCAUCCACUGUGUGGCCAACCUGCUGGCUGGCCUUGUGGCCUACCAGGAGGACGUGGGCAUCCACGUUGUGGACGGGGUCCUGGAGGACAUCCGCCUGGGAAUGGAGGUGAACCAGCCCAAGUUCAACCAGCGUCGGAUCAGCAGUGCCAAGUUCCUGGGGGAGCUCUACAACUACCGCAUGGUGGAGUCGGCUGUCAUCUUCCGCACCCUCUUCUCCUUCAUCUCGUUCGGGGUGAACCCGGACGGCAGCCCCAGCCCCCUGGACCCCCCCGAGCACCUGUUCCGCAUCCGCUUGGUCUGCACCCUGCUGGACACCUGCGGCCAGUACUUUGACCGCGGCUCCAGCAAGAGGAAGCUGGACUGCUUCCUCAUCUACUUCCAGAGGUAUAUCUGGUGGAAGAAGAGUGUGGAGGUGUGGAGUGCGGAGCACCAGUUCCCCAUCGACAUUGACUACAUGAUCAGUGACACCCUGGAGCUGCUCCGGCCCAAGAUGAGGCUCUGCAUCUCCCUGGAAGACUCCACACGACAGGUCACCGAGCUGGAGAGGGAGUUCCUCGUUAAACUGGGUCUGGCCAUGGAUGGACAGAAGGACGGCCGGCCCUCCAGUGCCAUGGGGAGUGAAGGGGAGGCUCUAGACGAGGAUGACGAUGACGAGGAUGAAGAGGGAGGGGCGGACACAGAGGAACAGUCUGGCAAUGAGAGCGAGAUGAACGAGCCAGAGGAAGAAAAGCUAGCACACAAUCACACCCCCUAUCUAAGAACCUGCUGUGUGUUCCAGGAAGGGUCUGAGAAUGAGGAAGAGGAGCGGGAGGAAGAGGAGGAGGAGAACACUGACUAUCUGACCGACUCCAACAAGGAGAACGAGACGGACGAGGAGAACAAUGAGGUGACCAUCCGUGGUGGCGGUCUGAAGCAUGUGGCAUGUGCUGAGGAUGAGGACUUCAUCCAGGCUCUGGACAAGAUGAUGCUGGAGAACCUGCAGCAGCGGAGCGGGGAGGCGGUGAAGGUGCACCAGUUGGACGUGGCCAUCCCCCUGCAGCUGAAGAGCCAGCUGAAGAAAGGCCCUGGAGGACCCGUCUGCUCUGGAGAGGGAGACGCAGACAUCUCAGACACCAUGCAGUUUGUCAUGCUCACACGCAAGGGCAACAAGCAGCAGUUUAAGAUCCUGAACGUGCCUCUGUCUUCCCACCUGGCUGCCAACCACUUCAACCAGCAGCAGGCAGAGCAGGAGGAGAGGAUGAGGAUGAAGAAGCUCACUCUGGACAUCAACGAGAGACAGGAGCAAGAGGACUACCAAGAAAUGAUGGCGUCUCUGGCCCAGCGGCCCGCUCCUGCCAACACCAACCGGGAGCGGCGCCCGCGCUACCAACACCCCAAAGGGGCACCCAACGCCGACCUCAUCUUCAAGACCGGAGGAAGAAAGCAGGAAACAAAGCAGGAGAGAAAUGAAAGGCACGAAAAGCGUGACAGACAAGAGAGGCAAGAGAGAAAGGACAGAUAUGAGGGCCAGGAGGCUAGGGCCAGCCAGCUCAGCCGGACACGAUACUGACAGACUCAGGCCUGCUUAUGUUGAGACGGGAAAGGGUUAAUGUCUCCCAGCUGUUAAAUGAUGUUUUGUUGGCAUAUGAGUAUUCUCAUCCCCCUUUUUAUUUUUUGCACUGUGAAAAAAAAUAUCAGUUCUGCUUUGCAAGCACUAAAGUGAGUUUUAAUAUUAUUUUUCAUUAAAAGCUGUAAAGAUUGCUUUCUAUUUUUGGAAAUAAAGAUUGCAUUAACUUUCUAUUUUCAUCAGAACAAAAGUAGCUUGUGGUUCUUUGUCCUCCUCUCCUCAUGUUUGUCUUGGAAAAGUGACUAAAGAAUUCAGAAAGGAGAUAUUUAGAUCCAAGUCGACAUAACGCUUCAUAUUGAUGCCUACCUUACAUUUGACAGAUGCUUACAUGAUACACACAAUUAUGUUUUUGACGAAGAACAAAACUUUAUUUUGGAUUGUCACUCACAAUGCAUUUUCUCA